AUGAGUAAGAUAUUUACAAGUGAAGACAGAAAACAAUAUGGUUUAUCAAAAUUAGAAAAAUAUAAUGGAAUUGAUGAUGAAUGUUUUGAAGGAAGUACUGAUCUUGUUGAAAUUAAUAUACCAACAAGUAUAGAAUGGAUAGGUGAGAGUUGUUUUAAAGAAUGUACGGGAUUGACAUGUGUUAAUAUCCCAACAAGAGUAACUGAAAUAGGAAAUGGAAGUUUUAAAGGAUGUUCAUCAUUAGUAACAAUUAAUAUACCAUCAACAAUCAGUGAAAUAAAACAUGAAUGUUUUAGUGGAUGUACGUCACUUGUGUAUAUUAAAAUCCCAAUUUCAAUUAUAUCAAUAGGAAAUAAAUGUUUUAAGAACUGUUUCAAAUUAAAGAAAAUUAAUAUAUCUACUUCAAUUAAAGAACUUGGAAAUAAUUGUUUUAGCGGAUGUUCAUCAUUAAGAAGUAUUGAAAUACCAACAUCAAUUAGCAUAAUACCAGAUUACUGUUUUAGUUAUUGUUCAUCAUUAACAUUAAUUGAUAUACCACCAUCAAUUAAAGAAUUAGGAACUGGAUGUUUUGAUGGAUGUACGUCAUUAACAUCAUUUACUAUACCAACAACAGUCACUAAAAUAGGAGAUUGGUGUUUUAGUGGAUGUUCAUCAUUAACGUCAUUUACUGUACCAACAACAGUCACUAAAAUCGGAAGUAGUUGUUUUGAUGGAUGUAAAUCGUUAACAUCAUUUACUGUACCAACAACAGUCACUAAAAUCGGAAGUGAUUGUUUUAGUGGAUGUACUUCAUUAACAUCAUUUACUAUACCAACAACAGUCACUAAAAUAGGAAGUUGGUGUUUUUGGGGGUGUUCAUCAUUAAAAUAUAUUACUAUACCAACAUCAGUCAGUGAAAUAGGAGAUAGUUGUUUUUUUGAAUGUGUUUCAUUAGAAUAUUUUAGUGUACCAUCAUCAAUUAGUAAAUUAGGAGAUUUUUGUUUUAAAGGAUGUACAUCAUUAGAAUCAGUUAAUAUACCAAACUCUGUUAGAGAAAUAGGGAUGAUGUGUUUUGGUGACUGUUCAUCAUUAACAGGAAUUAAUAUACCAUCAUCAGUUAGUAGAAUAGACCCUUUGUGUUUUAAUGGAUGUCCAGAAAAAUUGCAGAAGAAAAUGAUGAUUAGGGAAUUGUAUCAUGAUGUAUGUGGCAUAGCUUAA